AUGUAGUAGUUUUUCCUUGUUUUGCUCCUUAAGUCUGAAACGUUUCUGCAACUGCGCAUGGACUCUGAAUUUGGCGGGUCCUUGUCAGUGUGAAUAUUCAAUACCGCCAUAUUAUUUUUCCUGCUACCCUCCUUCCUUCCAUGCUUGUUUGAACAUCCAUAAGGGAAAAACGAGAGGAACACCAAGAAGAGGAAAACUGAACACGGAUCAAGAGAGAGAGAUGGCAGGCUUCUGGUACUCUUUCUCUUUUCUUGCAUUUUUGGUUCCUUUGUUGACUGUAGUUGCUGUUGUAUCCAUGCUUCAGUCCUUCGAUUCUCGGUUAGCUUCAGUACUCUCAUCUGAAUCUCCACCACCACCACCGCCUGCUUCGUCGUCGUCUUUUUCUUCUUCCUAUCAUUCAUAUUCCUCACCUCCAUCUUCGAGUAUGCGUAGAAGAGAUCAUGAUCAGUCUACAACCGAGGUCCAUCUAUUUCAUUCUUCCAUGAAGGCUUCUUCACCCCAGCCUCUCACCAACGUGAUCACUUCUAAUUCAGAAACGGCUGCAGAGGCCGCUAGUAUGCAAAGCGCCAAGAAGAGACGAAAAGCUAGCAACUUGGAGAAACUUGAGGCAGCAUUAGCGAAGGCGAGAACUGCCAUUAGGGAGGUGGCUCUCCAUCGGAACCAGACAUCCAUUAGAGAUGGAGACUAUACUCCCAAAGGAAGAAUCUAUUGGAACCCAUUUGCAUUUCACAGAAGCUACAUUGAGAUGGAGAAGACAUUCAAGAUUUAUGUCUACGAAGAAGGUGAACCGUCAUUAGUACACAUUGGUCCCUGCAAGGGCAUGUAUUCUUCAGAAGGUCUGUUCAUCGAUUGGAUGGACAACGGAAAUUCAUUUAGAACAAACGAUCCUGAAGAGGCUCAUGCAUUCUUUCUUCCCUUCAGCGUCUAUCAAAUGGUCCAUCACAUUUACGUUCCAUUGACGUAUAAUGUCAGCUCGUUGAAGUUGGUCGUUGCUGAUUAUAUCAACGUGAUCUCCCGGAAACAUGGUUACUGGGAGAGAAACCUGGGCAAAGACCAUUUCAUGCUCUCUUGCCAUGACUGGGGCCCCCUCACGUCACAAGCAACGCCUCUUCUGUACAACAAUUCAAUUCGAGUUCUAUGCAAUGCUAACACCUCGGAAGGAUUCAAGCCGGCGAAAGAUGCCACAUUGCCGGAGAUCAACCUCCAGAGUGGUGAAAUCUCCGGAACACUUGGAGGUCCGCCGCCAUCCGAGCGGCCAACUCUCGCUUUCUUUGCCGGAGGUGUGCAUGGCUCCAUCCGCCGGAUCCUGUUGGAACACUGGAAGGACAAGGACCCCGAGGUCCUUGUCUAUGAGUACCUCCCCAAGAACCUCUCUUACUAUGAUCUUAUGAGAAAAAGCAGGUUCUGCCUCUGCCCAUCUGGUUAUGAGGUUGCGAGCCCACGGAUCGUGGAAGCAAUCUACACAGAGUGUGUCCCCGUGGUCAUCUCUAAGCACUACGUGCUUCCCUUCAGCGACGUGCUCGAUUGGAGUUCAUUCUCAGUCAAGUUACCAGUUUCAGAGAUCGGAAACUUGAAGAAGAUUCUGAUGGGCAUCUCAUAUAACAGGUACCUGACCAUGCAGAGGAGAGUGAAGUUAGUGCAGAGACAUUUUGUUAUUAAUCGACCUCCUAGGAGAUAUGAUGUCUUCCACAUGGUAGUUCACUCUAUAUGGCUAAGAAGACUCAACCAGCGCCCUCACAUUUCUUUGCACAAGGAAGACACAGGUUCAGGUGUAUAGUUUUGUCUUGCCCUCAGUAUCAUCGUCGACAUUUACAUCACACCUUCGAUCGAUCACUAGGGUCGCUUAGUUAUCGUCCAAUAAAUUGGAUGUUUCUUUCUUUUGAAUGAUAAGAGAUUUUGUUUGGACUUUCUUUUCAUUCUACUGAUGAAGAGAAAAACCAGAGGAGCUCUUGGAUAGGGAUGUUCAAAGAUCCAGUUGUGUCCCUUUACUAUA